AGCAGCCGCCGCGCCAUGCUCCACCUCAGCGAGUUUUCUGGCCCCGACGCGCUCCUGGUCAAGUCCACCGAGGGCUGUUGCGCGGAACCCAGCACCGAACCCCGGCUACCUGCCAGGGACACUCCAGCGGUGAACGGCUACCCCGGAGCAGGCGACUUCUUGAGCUGGGCUUUGAGCAGCUGCGGCGCCGGGGGAAACUUAGCCGACUCCUGCUUCCUGGAGGGGCCUACGCCCACGCCCCCUCCCAGCCUCAGCUACAGCGGUAGCUUUUUCAUCCAGGCCGUACCUGAACACCCGCACGACCCAGAGGCACUCUUCAACCUCAUGUCAGGCAUCCUAGGCCUCGCACCCUUCCCCGGCCCCGAAGCGGCAACAUCCCGGUCCGCGCUGGACGCCCCUUUUCCCACGGGUUCCGACGCUUUGUUGCCGGGUCUGCCGGAUCUUUACUCCCCGGAUCUGGGCGCUGCCACCCUCCCAGAGGCGUUCUGGGAGGCUUCGCCCUCCGCAGGCGCUCCUUCGCAGUGCCUGUUUGAGCCGCAGCUCUCCCCGCCCGACGUCAAGCCGGGCCUCCGAGCGCCUCCGGCCUCUCCAGCGCUUGACGCUGCCUCGGCCUUCAAGGGCCCCUAUGCGCCCUGGGAGCUGCUCUCUACCGGGGCCGCAGGGAGCUGCGGGUUACAGGGAGGCUAUCAGGCCUCCCCCGAGGCCCGUUUCCCCGCGAUAGGAACCAAGAUUGAAGACCUGCUGUCCAUCAGCUGCCCCGCAGAACUGCCGGCCGGCCCGGCCAACAGACUCUACCCCGCGGAGGCCUACGACGUUUUCCCUCUGGUUCCUGGUGACUUAGGGGAGGGGACCGAGAGCCUCCCGGAGCUCCUGACCGCACCUGGUGGGGAGGGUGGGGGUAGCGGGGACGGCGGAGAGUUUCUGGCCAGUACACAGCCUCAGCUAUCCCCGCUGGGUCUCCGCGGCGCCGCGGCGGACUUCCCGAAACCUCUGGUGGCGGACAUCCCCGGAGGCAGUGGCGUGGCUGUGCCUCCCGGGCCGCCGCCCUCCGCAUUCACCCCGGCCAAGGCGCGACGCAAAGGGCGCCGGGGCGGCAAGUGUAGCGCUCGCUGCUUCUGUCCGCGGCCGCAUGCCAAAGCUUUUGCUUGCCCGGUGGAGAGCUGUGUGCGCAGUUUUGCGCGCUCCGACGAGCUCAACCGCCACCUGCGCAUCCAUACGGGCCACAAGCCCUUCCAGUGCCGCAUCUGCCUCCGCAACUUUAGCCGCAGCGACCACCUCACCACGCACGUGCGCACCCACACCGGCGAGAAGCCCUUCGCCUGCGACGUGUGCGGCCGCCGCUUCGCGCGCAGCGACGAGAAGAAACGGCACAGCAAAGUGCACCUCAAGCAGAAGGCACGCGCUGAGGAGCGGCUCAAGGGCCUCGGCUUUUACUCGCUGGGCCUCUCCUUCGCCGCCCUGUGA